AUGUCGAAAGCAUCAAAAACGAUCGAUAAUGCGACAGGAGCUAGUCCACCAUGGUCAUCUAUGCGAGACACAGCAUGUUCACCUAUUCUUUUUUCAUCAGUGGCCAACACAUCAUCAUCAUCUGAUGCGUCAACUUGCUCGUCGACGAUAAUCAACAACGAUCACGAUAGCUUUGAACGAGAGGAUGGAAUUGGAUUGGUUCAUCAUCAACCGGUGUUAGCGUUUCCAUCACCGUCAAGCAAUGGAUGUAGUAACAGUACACCGGUACUGUCUGCGUCGUCUUCUCAACCGGCACCUCUGAUGUCAAUCAGAGCUACUGACACGUAUGGUUUUAGCACAGGCAAAAGUGCAUCCUCGCACGCACCAAUGGACAAUGGCAACCAAUAUUAUACUGCUGAUCGGCAUUGGCCAGUUGAUGAUCCAAGUCGAUAUGUUUCGGCAUCUCAGCAACAGUAUCAAAACCGAAAUGCUCGUCGAUACAAACCUCGUCGUCAAGAACAGCAACCUCAUCCUCGAAAGUAUGCUGGACAAGCUCGAGCAAAAGCACGAGACAAUUAUCGUCGACAAAACAAUUGCGUCGAUCGGCCGUGUUCGAACUGCAACUGCCAUCAAUAA